UCAAUCGCACAUAUUAACUCGUCGCGUACACUUCGCAGCCGCAGCAGCAGCAUUAGCAGCCGUAGCCGCAGUUUAACCCCCCCGCCGCCCAACACACAAAAACCCUUUUUCCCCCCGAAACCAUUGCUAAAAAAAUUAAAUAGCGCGCGCGCUCAAUAAGCAAAUUGAAAUAAAUAAACUCCAAUAUAAGAGUUUCGCACACACGGAAAUCGGAAAUUAUACGCCACUCAACUAACCAACUAACUAAGCAACGAUAAAAACAAAAUAAAAUUGAAAAAACCAAAAAAGAAAAUCGCAGAUUAAAAAUUGCAACAAAUCGUAUUUUUUUCUGUGUACGACAGCAAAGACAGUGCAAAAAACCAACAGCAGUAAAGUAGUGCGAAAGCAAAAGUCAAAAGAAGUAGAAGAGAAACCGUUAAGUUCGCAAAUACAAAUGCAAAAAUGUGCCAUAAUUCGGGCAUCGAAAGUGAACAGAUCGAACGGUACAUGGCCUUCGGUCUGCCUCAGAAAGCUGUCAGAAGCGUAAAAUACACAAUGCGCAAACGCGAGCAGCAGCAGCGCAAGGAGCAACAGAAACAACAAAAUAAUAGCAGCACCAACAACAAUAACAGUAGCAAUAGCAGUAGCAGCAGCAGCGAUAGCAGCGACAGCGGCACUGAUUGCGAUGUUAAGCUAACACGCACACAACAGCAACAAGAAACACAACAACAACAGCAGCUGCCAAAGGAGCAAGAGCUGCCAACAACAGCAACCGCAAAUAAAACAGAGACAGAGGCAGCGUCAUUAACAGCAGUCGAAAAUGUCAAAACAGCAGAAGCAACAACAGAAAACGAAGCUAAAGCUGAAUCCACCCACAACAACAACAGCAACAGCAUUUUACAGAUACCUAAAUUCUGUGGACGCUUUCGUAAAAUGCAACAGCAGCAGCAGCAACAAGAGCAAGAAGCUGUGACCACUGUCACAACAGCAACAGUAACAGCAGCAGCAGCAACAACAACAACACCAACCACAACAACAGCAACAGCUGCAUUAACAGCACAACAACAGCGCAAAAUGAGCUCGAUGGAACCCUCGAUGGACGAUGCUCUUGCAAUUGGCACUCAAAUGACACGAAAGUUCGCAGAGCGUUGCCAUUGUCUGAUCGCUAAGCUCCAGGGCAGUCGCCUCUACACUAUUUUGACGCAAACCACGCAGCCGGCGCAUUUGAUCGCCAUUUGCAUAUUGUCCUUUGUCUUACUGACCGUUGGACCCGAUCUCACAACGACAACAACAACUACAACAACCACAACGACGACGUCAACGAAAGCGCAGGCGCACAACAUUGAUGCUGUUGCUGCUGCUGCUGCGGCGGCAGCGACUGCGGCUGUUAGUACUAGCAGCAGCACGCUGCCAACGUUGGCGUAUCUGGGCGCAUUCGCCACACACUUUGGUUCACAAAUCUGGAUGACCUUUGUUUCGGGUCUGUCGCUAUAUUUCUCGCUGCCGCGUCACACGUUCGGUCAAUGCCAGCAGAUACUGUUCCCCAAGUAUUUUGCAUUGAACGCAAUGCUCAGCAUCAGCAUGUUAAUCAUCUAUGUUAAAUACUUUCUGAGCGGUUGGACAACAGCGGCUGGCGUACAGCUGGGCACACUGGCCUUAACAGCCGCCAUCGAGGUUGUGGUCCGCCUAUAUUUGGCCCCACCGAUGCUCCGUCUCAUGCACGAGAAGUACAGGAUCGAGGGUGCCAUUGGCAGCGGCCAGGAAGUUGGCAGUCUGGUGCAGGGCGAUUUGGUCGAGUGUCCGCAUUAUCAGCGCAUCCAUAAGGCAUUCCGUCGCAUUCACAUGACAAUUGCCAUUGGCAAUAUGAUUAUCCUGUUGGCCACAUGUCUGCAAUUGUAUUUUCUGGCAUUGAAAAUACGUAUUAGCUAAGACACGAACCGCAGUGCAGAAGAAAACAAUAACAGAAACACAAACCACAUAGCAGGCAGCUGCUAAUUAACAGCCUCAGCUAAACAUUAUUGGGCAGCGCCUAAAAGACUGCAAUGGUUUCUCCCAAUCUAUGCAAAUGAAUUUAUCACACACAACCACACAAUACAAAUUUAAGUCUCGCCUCACACAUACACACACACACACACACACGCAUGCAAGUUGAUAUUGUAUUUCUCACUGUCAAUGGAUUUUGUCUCAAAUUAAAUUAUUAAUUAUAUCACGUAA